GCCCCUCAACUAGCCGUUUUUCAAAAAGUCGGUGCUCCAGAAAGUGUGCCUGGGAGCCUCACUCAUCCGCGUGUUCCCUAUCUGAGGAUUUAUAGCUCCAUCCCACCGUCAACUUUGGAGACUCCUUCCUCUCAGCCAGACAGCUGUCAGGCGCAGGGAGAUCACUGGUAACGGCUAGAUCUUUCUUACCGUGGCCCUGAUAGGUGUAAGACCCUCUCUAGGACCUCUUGCGACCGGUCAAUAUGUUUCGAGUGGGCACUUGGCUCUCUGGCAAGCGUCUAGGCUCCAAUGCCUCGACGCCGUCGAUCGAUGUUUCGACAGAUUUGCGAGACCUGGAAGAUGCCAUGCAGUCGGCGUCGUUGAUUCUCAACGAUGACGUUGACGGGGCGGAAUCGGGCCUUGCUGAAGGGGAUUCGACCUUCCAUAAGCUCGGCAAGGGUGUUGUUGCGUUUGUUCGGGCGACACUUGGCUUCGAGCAGGAGGUUAUGCGACAAGCAUCGGAGCGCUUGACUGAAGCCGAAAGCGGCGCUGCCAGUGACCAGUCCAGAGCACAGAGCCGUUCUCCUCACGCCUCUAGAUCGGAAAUAUAUGCGCCUGGUACCGAAUAUGUGCUCUGCCAGGCAAUGGCACAGCUCAUGGGUGCAGUGGUCGGGGUCCUGAACGAGAGCUUGACAGAGAGUAUCCGAGGUUUCUAUAAAAUGAGAAAGGCUUAUCUGGCUCUGGACAGCAUUCUUCAGAUGGAAGAGAAGUUUAUUCAAGAGCGGGAGUCGCGGCUGUCGUACUCUAUUCAGUCCAGCGUGUCCUCUCAAACAAUGAUUUCCUCGGCUGGAGAGACUGUCAUGACGACGACAAGUUCCCUCACACAGGUCCAGUCCUUUGAGAUAUCAAGCGAGGAAUCGCCCGACCCAGACUCGUCCGAGUUCCAGACGCCUCCUACAGAACCGCUUGAAGGCUCGGAAUUGUCUGAAAAAUUGGCUGACCUGGCAGUUGGGGACGCAGAUGCUGAUACACCCACAUCGACUGGAAAUUCAUCCCCGAGCGUCGCGGCGAUGUUUAACUAUGACCCGAAUUCUGAUGUCUUCAAGAAUAAGAUGGAUGUUUUCAUUCACUCUGGAGCCAAUUGCUGUUACGGUGUGCUUCUCUUGCUCAUUUCGAUGAUCCCGCCUGCUUUCGGCAAACUGCUGGGCAUCAUCGGAUUCCGUGGUGACAAGCAGAAAGGGCUGCGGAUGCUAUGGCAGGCCACCAAGUUCCACAACAUGAUGGGUGCCAUUGCAGGCUUUGCGUUGCUCGGCUACUACAAUGGAUUCGUCCGCUACUGUGAUAUCAUGGCCGACGUGGGCCCUGGGGAGGAUCCAGAAUUGGCGGGUUACCCACGGGAUAGACUGACGGCUCUCUUGACAGAAAUGCGCGAACGCUAUCCGGACAGUCAGCUAUGGAUCCUAGAAGAGGCCAGAAUGAAGGCGGCGAAUAAAAACCUCAAGGGCGCCUUGGAAAUGUUGACUACCGAUGUGCACAGUCCCCUGAAACAAGUCGAGGCUUUGAAGUAUUUUGAAAAGAGUCUGAACUCGAUGUACCUCCACGAAUACGAGUUGUGUGCCAAGUCUUUUAUGAAGUGUGGUGAACUUAACAAUUGGUCUUUGGCACUGUAUAACUAUAUCGUGGGAGCUGCGCAUCUUGCUCUCUAUCGACAAUUAAACAAAACAGAUCCUACUACUGCGUCUAAGCAUGCCGAGAAGGCCACUAAAUACUUCAGGCUCGCUCCUACUACGGCGGGGAAGAAACGAUUCAUGGCUCGACAGUUGCCUUUCGAUCGCUUUGUGACCCGGAAGGUUGCCAAGUGGGAAGCUCGAUCCAAGGAAUGGAAGGUACCGCUCGUUGACGCCGUUGGGGUCGACCCUGUGGAGGAGAUGAUCUUCUUCUGGAACGGACACAGCCGCAUGACAAAGGAACAGCUUGAAGAGUCCUUAUCGAAGCUGGCUUGGUGUGAGAGUGACGCCAAUCCCCAGUGGGCUCUGGGAGGUAUUGAAGAACAAGCGAUCCUAGAUCUCCUCCGGGCGGCCGUUUACCGUUCCCUGCGCCGCCACGACGAGGCCAAGGAGAUACUUCAACACCGCGUCAUGAACCACGACAAGUCGCUCUUCAAGGGGAAUCUCAAAGACGACUGGAUCCUUCCCGUCGCCCAUUUCGAGAUGGCGGCUAACUUGUGGAUGGAACGGCCGACAUACAUCGCAGCCCACGGCCCGAGUGUGAAGCCCCCAUCGUCAUCCGAUUCCAACUCGUCCACGAGUACCAUUGAAGAAAUGGAUAGCUCUCUCGAAAAACGGAAGGUGCGCGAAUGCAAAGAACACAUAGACCAAGCGGCCAAAUGGGAGAGUUACGAGAUGGAGGCCCGAGUGGGGAUCAAGGUCACAUCUGCCCUUGAUGCCAUUCAAAAAUGGGAAGCCAUACACUCCACCGUGGGCAGCUCGCAAAACCUCUCUAAAUAGAUAUCUACCGAGAUUUCUAUAUAUAUUUUGGCCGUCACAUUUUUGGUAUUGUUCAGCUGGAGUCCUAUUUUGCCUUUGGUUAAGGGGGGGUGUUUGUUUUCCUCUUUUAAAGAAUAGACGAUGUAUAUUGGAGAUUACUAUAAAUAAGCAGAGUAAUCUACAUCAGGGACUGAAUGACCUCCAU